AUGUCAAAAGUUAACAAAGAAAACUUUCGUCUCUUGGACUUAUCUAGUGACGAAGAUUCUGAGGAUUUACAGUUAGAAAUAAUACCUAAUAGGAAAAAGAAAAUGUCAAGAAAGGAGCGAAACCGGGUUGGUCAACCUAGAGUUGUUGAACCAAGCUUAGGUAAUGAGGUUCAUUGCGUUUUGUGCUGGGCAACAAGAGGAACAUUGGUUUUAUGGCUACUUAUGCUAACAUGGAUUUGUGCAUCGCUGUAUGACCAAGUCACUACUAUGAAAGUUGACAUAGCUAAAGGCACUGCUUUACCUAAGACUGGCAUGAGUAUAACAGAUCAAUUUAUAUCACUUGUUUUAUUGUAUCCUCGUGGUAAAGUCUAA